CGUUAGUAUUAAUUAAGAAGACAAUUAUUGUUAUCAAUUUAGUUCUUCAAAUAUUAAAACAUUUUCAUAAUGUUUAGUAAUAGGUCAUUGAUUUUCAACUCAUUGAAAAGACAAGGUUGUGGAUUCCUUAAAUCCACUAGAACCUAUGCAUCAUCUCCAGUACCAAGAAAACGUUCAAGUGGACCAAGACUUCGUUACUUAUUCUAUGUAUUUUUAUUAUCAUCAGCUGCAUUAUAUUAUACUGGACAAAGAGUUGAAACUAAAAAGAUAAAGACAUCCUUUAAUGAGCGAGAAUUUGAAGAGUAUGAGAAGGAAACUGGAUUAAAGAGACGUCAUAAAUUGAUAGCAGAUUCAAAGUUUAAAUUUUAUGUUCUUCCAUAUGUUUCAGACUCAAAAGUUGUAAAUGAAUUGGUCAGUACUUUAGAAAAGAAUGAUAAAACCAGACAAGUCAAAGUAAUUGAUCCAGAGGAAUUAGUUGCUAGAGAGAAAGAAGAUGAAUCCAAGAAAUAUUGUUUCCUUCUUCAAGAUCUUGAUGCUGCAAGAAGACCAUUACCAAAAGGAUUAAUUACUUCUAUUAUCAAAGAAGAGAUUGCAUUCUAUCAAAAUACCAGAAAUGGAACAUUUGACACGACGUUUAUUAUUACAAAUUAUCCUCAAUCCACUGAUGAGGCUAUUAAAUUUGAAAAUGAAGUUUGUGAUAUUCAAAAGUGUUUCCAUGUUCAAACUUCAAGUACUUUAUCCGAUUAUGAAGCUAGAAUAAUUGAUAAUGUAUUUGGAUACUUCGAUACGGUUGGUAAGGCAAAAACAUUAACCAAGAAGACGAUUAAGGAUGCGUUUAAAGAUUAGAUUCACAUAACUGUAAAUAGAUUU